AUAAAGUGGUGGCGCAGACGCCGCGCCCUAUCGCUGCGCAGCCGGCCGCGCGCAGUAGUCUGGCUCUAGCCCGCAGCAGACCCGGACCCGCGUGGUGCUCGGGGAACGUGACAGCGGCGCUCGUGGCCCGGGUAACUGCCUCCCGCCCCUGCCUCAGGAUAGGAGCCGCCGCCAGGGGUCCCCUGCGCGGGUGUGCGUGCGCACGAGUGUGCGCGCGUGUCAGCGUGUGCGCGGGAACGCGCCCCUCGCGCCCUCGCACCAACCCCCAAACAGACUUGUGCCCGUCAACUGCAUCUUCCCAGACCGGUGUGGGAACAACGGCCAGGUCCACGUCCUGUGUGGCGUGCUGAUGACAGCCCUGAGGCUUCCUUCCCCAAACGGUCGCGGGCGGGCAGGAGGCAAAGUUUGUCGGAGAAUCGGGGUGACUUUGCUCGGGGACCCGCAUCUGCGCGAAUGCGCGGUGCCGCGGAGCGCGUCUCGCAGCAGCUCUGGGCUAGGGACCGGCUGUCCCUCGCUCCUGGAACCCCUUCAGGGGUGUGUUCUGGAAAAGUGGCGACAUGAACUAGAGCUGGAGCAGCAGGAGGGAGCAGCUCGCACCCCUGCAGCCCAGGCGGGGAGGGCGCGGACCCGGUGGUGCUGCCCUGCGGCCGCGAUGAGGGAACAGCCCUCGUUUGCCUGGCGCUGAUACUCGAGGCUGUGGCGGUAGUGGAAUGCAAAAGCCAAGACUAAUGGAAACAGGGCCCAAAGACCCCUGCAGGAUGCCUGAGGCAAGUUCACCCAGGCGAACUCCACAGAACGUCCCCUACCAGGACCUUCCUCACCUGGUCAAUGCGGAUGGACAGUACCUCUUUUGUAGGUACUGGAAGCCCAGUGGCACACCCAAGGCCCUCAUCUUCGUGUCCCAUGGAGCUGGGGAACACUGUGGCCGUUAUGACGAGCUGGCUCAGAUGUUGAAGAGGCUGGACAUGCUGGUGUUUGCCCAUGACCAUGUUGGCCAUGGGCAGAGCGAGGGAGAGAGGAUGGUGGUAUCGGACUUCCAAGUUUUUGUCAGAGAUUUGUUGCAGCACGUGAACACCGUCCAGAAGGACUACCCCGAGGUCCCCGUCUUCCUCCUGGGCCACUCCAUGGGCGGUGCCAUCUCCAUCCUAGCAGCUGCAGAGAGACCAACCCACUUUUCUGGCAUGAUCCUAAUUUCACCUCUGAUCCUUGCCAAUCCGGAAUCUGCAUCGACUUUGAAGGUCCUUGCUGCCAAACUGCUCAAUUUUGUCCUGCCAAACAUAUCCUUGGGGCGCAUCGACUCCAGCGUGCUGUCUCGGAACAAGUCGGAGGUUGACCUGUACAACUCCGACCCACUCAUCUGCCACGCAGGGGUGAAGGUAUGCUUUGGCAUCCAGCUGCUGAACGCUGUCUCGAGGGUGGAGCGAGCAAUGCCCAGGCUGACACUGCCGUUCCUGCUGCUGCAGGGUUCUGCUGACCGGCUUUGCGACAGCAAAGGUGCCUACCUGCUCAUGGAAUCAUCCCCGAGUCAGGACAAAACACUCAAGAUGUAUGAAGGUGCCUACCAUGUUCUCCACAAGGAGCUUCCGGAAGUGACCAACUCUGUCCUCCAUGAAAUAAAUACGUGGGUGUCUCACAGGAUAGCAGUGGCAGGAGCUAGGUGUCUACCCUGAAUGUGCUGUCUAGGGAACCAGCUCGUGGUCUAGGGGAGUCAGGAAGAGGAAGGGCAGUGCUGACUGGCUCAAAAAAAAAUCACAAAUUGGAAGAAACCCUAGUACCCUAGUGCAAUUUACUUUGGGGGAAAAAGGAUAAUUUGUUGUAUAGAUGGCUACUGGCCACUGAUCACCUUAAUUGGUAGGCACUUUAUGAAAGAGGGAGUAUAUUUUCCACACAAAGACUGUGGGGAAAUAUCUCUUGAAUUUAAAAAAAAAAAAAGCAGCAUCUGCCCACCUCUCCCAGCUCCUAUGGGGUUCAGGGACUCUCUGGCAGUCCCGUAUCCCAGCCUGCAAUAAUCAGAGGUCUCUUUCCUCCUGUCCCAAGUCCUCUCUGACUGGCUGUCCGCUGGCAUGUGACGAGCUAUCCCCAGAGCUAGCUCCUUAGCAGGCUCCUGUGCCCCUCCAGGGCACUUCCUCAAAAUGGGCAACCACCCUAUGACCUGGUCAGUGACUUUUCAGAUGGAAACCAGGCUGGGGGAAGGGAAGGUGGCCCUGAAUAGCUCUUCUUCCCCACGCAACUUCCCCCUCCCACCCUGCUGGUUACCCACAGCAUGUUGUAUGUAUUUAGAGAGGCACCUUUUCUCAGGUCACUGAGUUCUCCAUGCUGAGGAAGGUGGCUUUGAAGAUAAUCGUUUAAUAUAUAUGGUAUAUUCUAAAUUAAAGAUUAUAUGGGUGGGUGGGUGAAACCUGAGCAGCUUUGGAAGAACUGGUGCCCACACACAGGGCCAGUCUGCCAAGGACCCAGGCCCCAAUUGAGGACUAGCUGGCUCUCCUUGCAGAAAAGACACAGGGUGGAGGACUGUGGCCCUGGGCAGUCCCUCUGUCCAGAGCCACUAGGAGUUGCUUUGCCAGUAGCACAGCUACCUCUGGUGGCAGGAGACUCCCAUGGAGCCAUGGUGCUGGCUGCCUGCCCAGGGCAGCAUCGAGCACUCAAUGUCGACCCCGCAGACAAGGACCACGGCUGUCUGCACCCCAUUCCAGACUGCAGCAGGACGGCCCAGCCAGGCCUCAUAGAGGCUACCCUGAAGCAGUGAAGUCUGAGCCCCUGUCCUCUCAGGUGCCCGCCCAAAGGCCUACGCCAGGCCUCACUUAGCGCCAGCAAUAACUGGGGCUCACUGCUCCCUUGGAGCACUUUCAUCUUUACAGAGGGCCUUGCUGUUACCUCAGGAUCAUGUCACUGCACAUAGAACCCUGGGGAGGGGCUCUGCUGCCAAGGAGAACUGCCUGGCUGCUGGAAGGGGGGGGGGGCUCCAGGAAGGUGGGAUCCAGGUAUCCCGGAGUUGGUGGAAUUUAUUCUAGAUCUUGGGAGGGCCCUCUGCCCCCUCUGGUGGCCCUGACCAUGCAUAGCAGUCAGAGGCUGGCCACUUACUAUAGGUCAUAAGGUCACUGUGCCCCUCAGCAGGGCCCAAGCACUGCAUGUAGGGAAGGAAGGGUCCAGGAGCUGUCCAGAGCGCCAUUUAGCUCUCCUUCUGUUUAGGAAAUAAAGACAGAGUGUGCAAAGAGAGGCAGUCAGCACUCCCUCCUGCUCAGGGAACCCUGGACAGCUGUGGACAGGCAUGGGGUAUUACUACUCUUCAUUAAGUUUAAAAAAAAAAAAAAAAGGGAGCCCAUUCCAGACUACUGUGCUCAGAUCUGUGACUCCUACCAGGAGCCACUCAAGGCUUAUCCCAAAAGCACAUGCUGACAAUGCCACUUUUCCAAACCAAAUGCCAGCACCCGGGUUGGCGGUUUUCAUGCAUGACGUCAUUUAGAGAUGCAUUUGUAUCUGGCUAAAGAAUCAGUAACACUAAAACACAGGAGUGGGGUUAUCUGAGAUUGAGACUGUCUUGUGAAACCUGUAAGAGUCAUGUCCCUGCAUGACAAAGUCAGGACCAGCACAGGGCUAGUAGAGGGCUAGUCCAGCCUUGUACAGGCUCCGCCCUUGGCACCGGUGGACGCCUGACAAGCUUCACGGUCACCCCCAUCACCAAGAUGCAGAGGAACUGGAGUGUGGAAAAAUGCUGGGAUACACAGGCCUGGCCUGAAGAAGGUGGAGGCCAGCAAGGGACCACCGAUGUCCUCCCCGAGUGAAGGAGGGGAGGAACCAGAACCGAGUACCUGAAAGAACAGAGCACCUUCUGCAACAACCAUGGACUUAGUGCCUGAUGAGCUUUUGAGGAAAAGGUGCCACCUGCAGGCAGUGGAGCGUCUCAACCACUAAGUCCCAGUUCCUUAGAGAUAGGGGGACAGCCUCCCUCCACCAAGGCCCCCUCAGCUUCUGGGUAUCCUGUGGACCACCAUGAGAGCAGUGGAGGUGCUCUGCUCACAUCCUGCCUCUGGGCCACCUCACACUUCCCUUUCUCUCCUGAUUGCUAAUGUAACUUUCUAUGGAUCACAGUGGCUCACUGGUUUGUCACUGUCACCGCGCGCCCAGUCACUCCCCAUGUGUACUCCUAGUGGGGAACCUGUAUCAGCUUAGAAUUACUAAAGAAACCGAUGUGCACUACAGCUCACCAUAAUAAACCACGUGCUUUUGGAGAGCCCCCA